AUGGAGAACAACCCCCUGCUUGCCAUGCUCAAGAAUGCAGCCAAUGGCCCGCCCGUGCAGACGCCCGUCAACAAGGCCGUCUCUCCCCCUCCUUCGAUCCAGGCCGUGUCCAUCGAUGACUUGUUCAAGUCCAUCUCGGGCGGCAUGCCUCCACCGAGCAACGUCCAGUCGCCACCGGCCGCACCUCCCGCGACGCUCGCCGGUUCGGGUCCCACGCACCAGGCCAAGCUGCUCGGUGUUCUGGGAGGAUCGACGCCUGACGGCGCCAGCCGCCCCAUCAGCGGCGGCCCCACCCCUUCCACUGAUGAGAACCAGCGCCGGGCCCCGCCCACUAAUGUCGCCCCUCUCGGCGAGCCCGUCAUCACGCACCCCGCCCCCGCGCCUGGCAACGAGCGUCGCACAUCGUCCUCGUUUGCACAGCCUACACAGCCGACGCCCCCGGUGCAGUCUCCGCCUGUGCAGUCCCCGCCCCAGCAGGCACCGAAGUCCAUGUUCGAUUUCGUCUCGCCGUUCGACGUGUUCGAGCCGGCGCGAUCCCGCCCCGCGUCCGGCAUCAACACGCAGUCCCAGACCCCCGUGUCCGCCAGGUCGAGCUCGGGGUCGGGUAUCCAGCGUACUGUGACCUCGCCGCCUGGUCCGGUGCCGCUCUCUCUCCAGCGUCACAUCAGCCCUCCUGGCCCGACGCCCCCUCAGCUGCGUGGCCCCAUCCCCACCCAGGUGCCCAGGAAGACGUCUCAGGCCUCCGCUGCCGGCGCCCAGGACACUCCGCCUUCCGCUAUUCCGCAGGGAUCGCACCUGACCAACGUCCGCUCCAACUCGCCCGCUGGCAAGGCGCUCAGCGAGGUCGGGCGCAAGACGAGCUCACCCAUGAUCCCCACCAAGAGCCGUCAGGAGGACAUUUCCCUGCCUUGGCUCUCGUCCAAGCUCGUCAAGGGCGAGGAGGGUGAUGGACCCAAGGCUCUGACUGCGGAUCCCAUCAACAUUGACCUGUCCAAGCCGAACCUCGACUCGCUCGUCAACGCCCCGGGCACUGUGCAGGUCACCCCGACUACGAUCAUGAAGGCGGAGCGGGCUGGCUUUAACAAUCGCCGUGCCGUCGGACAGACGCCUGGCUGGCUCGCUUACACUGUGACCCGCGGUCGCAUCCGCAUCAUUGACCGCAAGUCUGGUGCGCGCAAGCUGAUUCAGCUCCGCGAUACCGGCUCCAUCGUCGAUAUUGCCGUCCACCCUACCGGGCUCGCGGCUGUCGCUUCGGACGGCUCGGUGUCCGUCUUCCGCGUUCCCGCUCGCUUCGAGCGCAACGACCCGGACUGCCCGUUGCUGUUCUACCUCCCCUCGAUCUCCGAGGACGAGGUCCCUGCCGAGAAGUCGCUCGGCUCUAUUAACCAGGUCGAGUGGGUUCGACGCGAUUCGGCGACCGAGCACAACUGGCUUGCGAUUGGCGGGACUUCUGGUGCCGUCAUCAUCAAGCCGUCCGAGUGGAGCGACGACGACGGCGAGGCCGACCCGCGCUCGGUGCUCUCCGCCUCGACCGUGUUAAAGACGAACGGCGUCAUCGUCCAGUUCUGCCUUAAUGCGACGCACCAGGCACUCGGUCUGCUCUCGUCCUCAGGCUACUUCGUGCUCUACUCUGUCGUAAACCUGAACCGCGUCUGGCACAGGCAGCUCCCUACCGCGGCGCCGCAGCUCCCCGUGUCGUCCGUCUCCUUCGUCGAGGCGAACAUUCUCGUCGGCCGCGGCAUGAACUCGCACUUUGACCUGGUUCAGAUCACCGUGGAGCUUGCGGUCCUGACGACAAUCUCGUUCACCGCCCCGCCGCCCAACUCCUCGGCGUACAACUUUGCCUCGGUGCAGUACGACUCGGACCGCCAGACGCUCUUCAUCGCCCCCUUUGCCCGCGGAAGCAUGUACGCCUUCCACUAUGCGCUCAAGACCCGCCCGCCCAUCCGCGGCGUGUCCGAGAGCGCUGUCGCGCCCUUUGACUCGAUGGCCGAGUUCCCUCUGGAGCCGGUGCUCACAUUCGUUGUUGGCGGAACCGACGAUGUCGAAUUCCUCUUCUCCACUCCCAAUGGCAUCAACCAGGCGACUAUCGAGCGUCCGUCGUUGGCUCCCGCUACCGCGCCUGCUGCUCCGGCCGCCCAGCCUGCCAAGAACGAGAAGAAGGGCAAGAAGCAGCAGCAGAAGGAGCAGAGGGAGCAGCAACAGCAGCAGAGGGAGCAGCAGAAGGAGCAGCAUCGUGAUCAGCGUCAGCCAUCUACUUCUCCUGAGCCCGAGUCCGCCGCUCCCAGCGUCAUCUCCCAGCCGAUCCAGCAGAACACCAGGUCCACGAACGGCCCCGCCAACGAGGUUGCUUCUGGCUCGGCUGGUGGUCUCUCGAACGACGAUCUGACCCGUGCCCUGAAGAAGUCCGAGGACAAGCUUGCCAACAUGUUCCGCCAGGCUAUCCAGAAGGAGAUGGGCCAGUUCGCUUCCCGCCUCGAGCAGAACCAGGACAUUGCUACGAGUGUUCAGAACGCUGUCAACGCGCACUUCAAGCAGCUUCCGUCCAUUGUGCAGAACGAGAUCAAGCGUGCCCUGCCCCAGGCCGUUCAGGGUGAGGUGCGAGCGGCCGUCGGUGAGCACGCUCCCGCCGCCAUCCACCAGUCGCUCCAGAACGUCGGGCAGCACAUUGAGCGCGCGAUUGCGCCGAUCAUUCCCCGCUCUGUCGCCGCGGCCGUCCAGCCCGCCGUUGACCGUGCGGUCUCAGAGGCGAUCGGGCAGUCGCUGAUCCCUGCCCUCGACAACGCAACGACGCACGUCUACGAGCAGCUCGCGUCUGACCUCAAGACGGAGUUGAUCCAGAUCCGCAAGGAUCUCGCCUCCGAGCAGAGCGAGGCUUUGACGGCGACGAAUACGAUGAUCCGCGACAUGGGCGUUGUCAUUGCCGACCUGCAGAAGCAGGUCGCCAGCCUCAUGACGCAGGUACGCUCGAGCCAGGCGCAGCCCAUGGCCGCUGCCCCGUCUGUCGGCUCAUCGAUCAAGUCGCCGCCGUCUGGCGCCCUGGGCCCCGCGCCGACGCACAUCCCGAGCCACAUCCCGCAGCAUAACGCCCAGCAGCUCGAAGACGCGUUCCUGAACGCACUGCACCAGCAGACCGUCCCUGCAACAAUCAAUCUGGUGCGCGAGCGUGCGCCGCAGACGGACGCGCUCUUCCCCGCCCCGCCAGCCAAGUCUCCGCUCUCGCAGGCGGUGCUGCUGACGCUGUGCCACCGGCUCGCGGUCGCGCUCGGCGAGAUAAACCCGCACGACCCCAUCUUCCAGACGGUGGCUACAUGGGAGCGCCUCGUCGUCGCGCUCAUCGACCCGCGCGACCCGGCCAUCCAGGGCUACUUCAAACGUGUCGCUGGUGUCGUCGGCCCCACGCUCAACGGCGUCAUCUCCCGCCUGCAGCAGAUGGGCCAGGACCCGCUGAUCCAGGCGCACAUUGGCGUGAUCCGCUCGGCUGCCGACCUGCUCGAGCGCAAGGCGCAGCAGUAA